UGUGUAGCAACUUGUUUUGAAAAGAAAGCUUCAAACACAACCGAUUAAACUGGGCAAACUAUGAAGCAAUGUCUUUCACGGUCAUAUAAAUACUUUGUCACUCAAUGAGUGUUUUAGUUUACUAUGCUGCGACGCCAAUGCAAAGCACUCAGUAGUCAUAAUGCGCGCCGUCCAGAGGAGUGGCUCCGAUCUGCGCAGCUGAAGACCGCAUGCAUCCGCCUGUGCACACUCACAGAGAGACAAGUUUUCUGUCACUCGACAGUUUCUUAAAUUUUGACUGACGUUGACUUGAGGGAGCAGGACAUAUUUUUCCGACGGAAACGACAACAAUGCGUGCCACCUUUAAGAAGGGCCUUGGAAUCAUUUUGAUCACUGGACUACUGCUAACCCUGUUUUCUGCUUGGCGCCGUGGGACCAGCACAGCAGUUGACAUAUGGCCAACACAGGGCGGUCAUAUAAAGAAACUCCUCGAAGCGAAAAUUGAAGACACCCUCAAUGGCUAUCCUGACAUUGCCUACCAUAUAAAGGAUGAUGUAGCAUGUCAUUUGGCUCAAAAUGCAUGUGUGUGUCUGGCUGAUGAGGAGACCUUUCACUUGCCGUACUCCAAUCUGCUGUUCCCACAUGUGUGGGCCCACAAAAUUGAUCUUGCAUUCUUAGGGUCCCAUCCGGACCCCGAGGGCGUGAAGCGUCACAGAGCUCAGGAGUACAGCAGCUUGCAGAGGAGGUCCUACAAUCCUGCAGAUGCGCUUAUUGUAGCUGAUGCCAACAGUCCUCUCCAGUAUCCUACCCAGGGCGUGGAGCUGCGACCACUCAAAACAAUCAUCAUUCCUGGUUUGGGUCUUAAAGAAGAAACAGGAUCAGACCAUGUGGUAUAUUUGACAGCAACGCUGGGGACUUUUAAUGUUGCUGCUACAGUGGACAAGGUCUCUGUUAAAGGAGAAGGAGAGAAGCACAUGAUGCUGUCGAGUCCUCUUCUCUCCUCUCUGAACCGGCAGCUGCAGUUCGUCACCUAUACAAACACUGUGUUCCAUCCCAAGACAGCAGAUACAGUUAAGUUUGCAACUGAAGGUCACCAGUCCUUUUUCACCAUUAAGAUUGGACAUGGACCCGUACCUAAACUUUACAACUCUGGAUAUCAAAAAGAAUACAAUAUUAGUGCUCUUGUUACCAUCGCCACCAAGACCUUUCUACGCUAUGACAAACUCAAAGACCUCAUUGACAGCAUACGGCAGUAUUAUCCCACCGUCACCAUAGUGAUCGCAGAUGAUAAUGAACACCCUCAGCCAGUGACCGGGCCGCACAUUGACCAUUACAUCAUGCCAUUUGGAAAGGGUUGGUUUGCAGGAAGAAACCUUGCAGUGUCUCAGGUAACCACCAAGUAUGUGCUCUGGGUGGAUGAUGACUUCAUCUUCACUGCAAACACAAAGGUGGAGAGGAUGGUGGACAUCUUAGAGAAGACCACUCUGGAUCUGGUCGCUGGUGCAGUGAGAGAGGUGACAGGUUACACUGCAACAUACCGUCACACCAUUUCAGUGGAAGAAGGGGGGGAUGAGGGCGACUGUAUACAUAUCAGAAAUGGCUACCACCAUGUCAUCGAGGGAUUUCCAAACUGUGUGGUAGCUGAUGCCGUCAUCAACUUCUUCAUGGGGAGGACAGACAAGAUACAGCAGGUGGGGUUUGACCCCCGCUUGGCACGGCGCGGUCAUCUAGAGUUUUUCAUCGACGCUCUGGGCUCCCUCCACAUUGGCUCGUGUAGUGAUGUCAUUGUAAGCCACGCAUCAAAGAUCAAACUUCCCUGGAGUAAAACAGACUCAGAAAAGAUCUAUGAUAAAUUCCGCUAUUCCUCUUCCAGCGCUGAUAAUCGCAUUAAUCAGGAAAUCUUCUACUUCAAGAACAGGUUCAAGUGCAUGACCAGUCACUGACACCAAGCACAUGUCUGUUUGUUGCCUAAAUGUGAGAGACGAUGGGGAAUUCAGUGAAUUAUAUUUUUAUAUUUUACAGUUUGUGUACGAAUUUAGCGAUUGCUGUCAAACAGAUUGUGUGGACAGAUUUUGUUCCCCAUCUGCUCUGGUCGCUGUGGAUUCUUGAUGCGUUACGCAACUUAUUCUUCUGAACUGCUGGAAAUACCCGGUUACAAACUUAUGUGCAGCAUACUUUGACUCUCACAAAAACCACACACCACACACCACAAACAUCUGGGCACCGACAGAAAUGAUAUGCAAUGUGUUGAUUUUCAUAUUUACUGUGACUUCAAAAAGGUAAAGGCCCUGUCACACAUCCGUAUGGCACAAACGUAUGCUGGCGUAUAUGGAAGUUUGUCAGAUCGGAUCGGAAAAGUGAACAUAUACAGAUACGCAUGUCUAACCUAUUGAUA